UGACCAGCAGACAGGCUAACCUGUAGUUUAUCAGUUGGAUUAGACAACCUGGAUAUCAUUUUCAGAUUUGUUUAUAGAUACCAAAUUACCAGUGGUGUUCUGUUUAAAAAGUUAUAUUAAACAUUUGCCACGUUUUAAAAAGAUUGUGUCACAUCUGAGAAAAUAUCACUGAAAUGUAUGAAAAUGUUCCCACAGUAUCUGCUGUGGAGCGGCAGCGGGUCCUGCAGGCGCUCGAAAGGCUCCAGGCCAAGCUUCUUCAGCGAGAGGAGUGGACCCACAGCGAGCGGCUGGGGGCCCUGAGCGACACGCUGCGGAGCCCUCUGCUGGGUCACAUCCUCACCCUUCAGCAUUCCAUCAAACAGCUGAAAGAGCAGCUGAACUGCCUGCCAGCCGACACCUGCAGUGAUUUUAGUUUCUCCCGGAAGGGGCAGCUCAUCGUCAGUGCCAGCCGGCCUCCCAGCAGCUUGCUGGGGGCUGCCCCAGGCUCACUGGUGUCCAAUGGCUCUGGGCUUUGCCUGCCGGGCCGCAUUUCACCCGAGCAGCUGCAGAGAUGGAUCCAGGCGGCAGCGGAGGGAAGGCCGACGGAGCAGAUCAGCCUGCCUAAGCCGGUGUCCGGGGGCCUCGGCUUCAGUGUGGUGGGCCUCGGCCCCGACGGCGUGGGCGGCAAUGGCGUCUUCAUCCGGCAGGUGCAGCCGGGAAGCAUCGCACACAGAGAUGGACGGUUGCAGGAGAACGACCAGAUUCUGGCAAUCAAUGGGAGCCCCCUGGAUAAGAACGUCACCCAGCAGCAGGCCAUUGGUCUGCUGCAGCAGUCUGGCGAGCGGGUGGACCUGGUGGUGGCCAGGGACCCGGCAGCCCAACGCCUUGUCCGUUUGCCAGGGCCGGUGCAGUCGGAGCUGUGGGGCCACGUGGAGGAGAUCGAGCUGGUGAACGACGGCUCCGGCCUGGGCUUCGGCAUCGUGGGCGGGAAGGCGACAGGUGUGGUGGUGCGCACCCUGGUGCCUGGCAGCGUGGCCGACAAGGACGGCCGGUUGCGCACAGGGGACAACAUCCUCCGCAUUGGGGAGACUCCGACUCAGGGGUUGGCCAGCGACCAGGUUGUGCGGGUGCUGCAGGGCUGCGGGAGUCGCAUCAGGAUGCUCAUCGCCCGGGACCCCCUGGGGGGGCCGCACGUGGCCCCGCCGCCACCCCCGGCUCCUGCCGUCGCCCCUGUUUCCACGCUGCCUCCGGUCCCGGCUCCCUCUCGCAGAGGAACCAGGAUGCCGAACCUGGAUGGGUAUGAGAUCCACGAGGUGGUCCUGAGGAAAAAGGAGGGUCAGAGCCUGGGUAUCUCCAUCGUGGGCUACAACGCCAUGACCAGCGAGAAUGCCGUGGGGGUCUUUAUAAAGCACGUCAUUCCAGGGAGCGCCGCUGAGCAGAGCGGGAAUAUCCGUGUCCAUGACAGGAUAAUAGCGCUGGACGGCGUCAACCUGCAGGGCUUCACCAAUGAGGAGGUGCUGGAGGUGAUGAAGCACACCGGCUCAACGGUCAACCUUACCCUGGUCAGGAAGAUGGCAUCCAAGGCCACGCCCAAGGAGCUCUCCCUGGAUAAAGUCCACAGGGAGCCCUCCCGCGUGUCUCUGAAGAGGUCGUCCGAGGUCAAGGUCCGCUCGGAUGUGCAGAAGGCCCCCCCCGCCCCCGAGCUUGCAGAGAGCCCUGUCUCUGGGGUCAGGCCGCAGCUAGCCAGAGCACUGGACCCAGUGUUGCUCGCCGAGAAGGAGCUGAGGGUAAAGUGGGAGCAGGCACUGGGACCCGAGUACACAGUUCUGGUUGUCGAGUUGGAUCCAGUGAUCGAGGAUGAUGCUGAGCUUCAGAAAUACUCCAAGCUCCUUCCGAUCCACACCAUGCGGCUGGGCGUAGAGCUGGACUCCUUCGAUGGACACCACUAUAUCUCCACCGUGGCCCCAGGGGGCCCCGUGGCUGAGCACGGGCUGCUGAGACCAGAGGACGAGCUGCUGGAGGUGAAUGGAGUGCAGCUGUAUGGGAAGUCCCGACGUGAGGCGGUGGCCUUCCUGCGGGAGGUGCCGCCCCCCUUCACCCUGGUCUGCUGCCGCCACCUGAGCGCCGAGAGUGCCGACCUCCAGCCCGACGUGGAGGAGCCACAGCUGGACGACUGGCUGAGCGGCGGACCGCCGCUGCUCCAGGAACAGGCUAUCCUGGAGGAGCCUGAUGACGAAUGGGAGGACAGCCCCCAGAUGGAGCAGCAUCACUUUGUGGAGGAAGGGGAGAAUGUGGAAGUUGAGGAGGACGAUGAGCCAGAGCUGGCUCUAUGGUCCCCAAAGAUCCACAUGUUAGAGCUGGAGAAAGCAGACCAAGGCCUGGGAUUCAGCGUUCUGGACUAUCAGGAUCCCCUUGACGCCACACGCUCCGUCAUCGUGAUCCGUUCCCUCGUGCCUGGGGGGGUGGCUGACACGCAUGGUGGGCUCCUCCCGGGGGACCAGCUGGUCUUCGUCAAUGACACUCACCUGGACGCGUGCGACCUGGCCCAGGCGGUGGAGGUGCUGAAGUCGGCUCCACCUGGCAAGGUCUACCUGGGAAUCAAGAAGCCCCUGCAGAUGGAGGCGCCAGAGAGCAGCAGCAUCCCGGAGGAGGACGGGGACCAUGCAGGGAUGCGAGAAGAGUCCAAGCAGGAGGAGGCUCUUGGACCCUUUGACUCUCUGGCCGUACCUAAGAGUGAAGCCCUGAGGCCUCCCUCGCCGGAGGAGCUGGUGGACGACCCGGAGCUGAUUCUGGACUGCUCCGUCUCCCUGCCCCACUACGCCUCACCUCUGUCCAUAGAGGAGACCGAGAUGGCUGUGGACGAUGAGCAGCCCGUGGCGGAGAUUGACGAUCUGAAAGACCGCGUGGAGGACCUGCCGUUGUAUUCCAAGCCCAGCGCCACCUUGUGGGCGGAGCCAGACGACGACAUCAAUCCCCUGCCCACUGGGGAGGAAGAGGAGGAGGAUGAGCAGGCUCGAGGCGAGUGGUUGUGGUGGGCAGGCCUGGAGCCCCGAGCCCAGUUCCCUCCCAGCCAGUCAGCAGCCGAAUGGUCUGGACCCCCCGAAAGCGCCGCUCCCUUUGACUCCAGGGCCAGUGUGUCUGAGCUGCCGGCAUCCGACACAGACACUGAAUCCGCCCACCCCACCGCCCCAGAGAAGUGGAGGACGCGGGUGAAAAGCAGCACUCUGCCUCUUAGAGGGCCACAUAGGUACAGCGAGUUACCGGAGCGCGAGGAAGGCGAAGGAGAGGAAACGCCUGUGUUCAGUCACUGGGGCCCCCCGCGCAGGGUGGAGGUAUACUCGGAUCCAGGCGAGCCGCUGGGGAUCAGCAUCGUGGGGGGGCGCACCGUCAUCAAGCGGCUGAAGAACGGCGAGGAGCUGCGGGGGAUCUUCAUCAAGCAGGUGCUGCCGGGCAGCCCCGCCGGGCGCUGCAAUGCCCUCAAGACCGGUGACAAGAUCCUGGAGGUAUCAGGGGUUGACCUGCAGAACUCCAGCCAUGAGGAAGCGGUCCAGGUCAUCAAGGCAGCUCCCAGUCCUGUGGUCUUCAUCGUUCAGAGCCUGUCGUCCACCCCACGCCUGCCGGACACAGAUGCAGGGAGUGCCCCCCCACCAAUGAGGCUGCCCCCACCAUACAGGCCACCCAGUGGACCUUUGGGUGACGAGCAGCAGGAGGACCUGGAGAGUGCCAGAGAGCGAAUCAGGCAGACAUACGGCGAGCUGCCCGGGGAGCUGCUGCUGGUGGAGUUGGACAAGGAGCGGCAGGGCCUGGGCCUGAGCCUGGCAGGAAACCGCGACCGCUCCUGCAUGAGCAUCUUUGUGGUGGGCAUCGCGCCCGGGGGGGCGGCGGCCCGCGACAGCCGCAUCCGCAUCGGGGACGAGCUGCUGGAGAUUAACGACCAGGUUCUGUAUGGCAGGAGUCACCAGAAUGCCUCAGCUAUCAUUAAGAGUGCUCCCUCCCGGGUCAGGAUUGUUCUCAUCAGGAACGAGGAUGCAAUCAAUCAGAUGGCCGUGCCGCCCUUCCCCGCCCCGCCGCCGCCCAUCGUCCCCCCUGAGCCCUACCAGAACGCCGUGUCCCUCGAGGACACGCCUUUGCCAGUUGACAGCCUGGCCCUCGGCACCGACCGCCCAGAGACCCCUGCGGCCAAGGAGAUGGCCGCCUUGGAGCCUGGGGGGGGCAUGGAAUCCUCCUUCGGGGACACAGCCCGUAGGACCCUCAGCGAGAGCGAAUCGGCCUCUAAGGUCUCCAGCCUCCCUAAACUCUCUAAGAGCCUGAACAUGCUGCCCUUAGACAAGCCCACGUCCCCCUCUGCAGCUCCUGCCCCAUCCAGUGCCAGUCCCGACCCUGAGUACUGCUGUCCAGAUCCAGCCACUUGUCCCAUUGUCCCCGGUCAGGAGACGGUCAUCGAGAUCUCCAAGGGUCGCUCGGGGCUGGGCCUCAGCAUCGUGGGGGGGCGGGACACGCAGCUGGAUGCCAUCGUGAUCCAUGAGGUGUACGAAGAGGGGGCAGCAGCCCGAGACGCCCGGCUCUGGGCUGGAGAUCAGAUCCUGGAGGUAAAUGGCGUGGACCUGCGUGGCGCUGCGCAUGAGGAUGCCAUCACGGUGCUGAGGCAGACCCCGGCCAAAGUGCGCCUGAUGGUGCUGCGAGAUGAGAGCCAGUACCGUGAUGAGGAGAACUUGGACGUGUUCCGCGUAGAGCUGCAGAAGAAAACCGGCCGUGGUUUGGGCCUCAGCAUAGUCGGCAAGCGCAAUGGAACCGGCGUGUUCAUCUCAGACGUGGUCAAGGGUGGUGCGGCCGACCUGGAUGGUCGGCUCAUGCAGGGGGACCAGAUUCUGUCCGUCAACGGGGAGGACAUGAGGCAGGCCUCACAAGAAACCGUGGCAGCCAUCCUUAAGUGCGCCAAGGGCCUGGUCCUCUUGGAGCUGGGCCGGCUGAAGGCUGCCUCCUGGGUCUCGUCCCGCCACAACUCGCAGGGGAGCCAGAUGAGCCACGGCAGCACCAACGGCUCCGGCACCGGGUCCCUGGCACCGACUGCCAACCCCCCCACCUCCCAUUUCACCAACAGUGUUCGGAAGCUUACGGUCGAUUCUGCCGUCAAGAGCCCAGGAGGCGACGUGGGGAUGCGCACCGUGGAGAUUACACGGGGCCCUGCGGAUGCCCUGGGCAUCAGCAUCGCCGGAGGUAAGGGCAGCCCCCUGGGCGACAUCCCCAUCUUCAUCGCCAUGAUCCAGGCCAACGGCAUGGCAGCCCGGACACACAAACUCAAGGUGGGCGACCGGAUUGUGAGCAUCAACGGACAGGCGGUGGAGGGCCUGUCACACGGCGAGGUGGUCAACAUGCUGAAGAAUUCCUUCGGCAACAUCAGCCUGCAAGUCAUCGCAGACACCAACAUCAGUGCUAUUGCCAGCCAGGUGGGCAGCUUGUCCAGUGGUGCCGCCCCCCCCAGUGUGCCGGAAGCCCCGGCAGGCCAGCCCCAGACCCCGCAGCCCAAAAGCAUCACCCUGGAGAAGGGCUGCGACGGCCUUGGCUUCAGCAUCGUGGGGGGGUACGGAAGCCCCCACGGAGACCUCCCCAUCUACGUCAAGACCGUCUUCUCCAAGGGGGCAGCAGCCAUGGAUGGGCGUUUAAAGCGAGGGGAUCAGAUUCUGUCCGUGAACAGCGAGAGCCUGGAUGGGGCGACACACGAGCAGGCAGUGGCUGUGCUGAAGCGCCAGAGAGGGACAGUUACACUGGAAAUCCUGACCUAGCUAACACCCCUCCCCCACCCCUACUGACUGGGAGCUACUGUAUGGGCCAUGAAGGGGAUGCGGGGUGAGGUAGCAAAGGAGAGAGCAUGGGGACUGGAGGAGUUCUAAGAUGGGCGGAGCCUGGCCCAGUUUUCCCACUUCACCUGUUCUCCUUCCAAAAGAGGAGCUUAGGUUGGCCUGAAGGAUUAUGGGGUAUGUGUUACUCUGGAAGGUACCACUGAAAAGGGAUUGUGGAGUAUGCAGGACGUGUCCUUGUCCCUUUUUUAUCACAAUUUUUAACUCCGUGAGUGCAGGAGAUCCGUCAGGAUGAGGAAAGUGAUCCGAGCGGGACCCUGCGUGGUGCCAUGCAGCCCUUCGGUCAAGUUUGAGGGAUGUGUGUCUGAAAAUCACCAGCCCAUUGAAAUGCACACACAGCCCUGGUCUGUGCAGCCGGGAGGUCUGGGUGGUGCUCCGGAGUGUGGACUGGACCUGUCACACGGUCACCGAGGGACUGAGGACACCAAGGCACAGGACUCCAGCAGCUUGUGAAAUGCUUCCUGCCCUCGUCUCCUCAUCACCAGGGGGAGAUGGGAACCUGCUCACUCUCAUCCAGAUGCUGCUUGUUCACAACGCGCUGCACUCUGAUUGGCUGGGCAGAAGCCUGGCCUCGGCAACGUCGUAUUCAUUCACCAGAAGACAAAAGUCAAAUGAGACGGGAAGCCAGGGGUCAGUGUGCCCAUCACGUGUGUCCCAGGCUGCAUUGGGUCUUCGUGUGGCGGCACCUCUUCCAGGUCCCGAACCUUAAAGCAACAUUCAGCAUAGAAAAGCCUUGAGUUUAAUUAAAAAUUGAGCAAAUGCUGAUUGAUUUCAAGUAGCAGUUUCGCUAAGCCUUGUCUUGCUUUGUAUGCCGUCUUUCAGAUGCCUUAUGUCGUUUGUGUUGGUAUGUUUGCCCGCUGUGUCCGGCGGUCUGCCUCCAUUUGUCUCCCCUCUCAUGCCUGAAUCUCUCCGGUGCCGAUGAUGUCAGUAAAUCCCGCCUGGUCUGUAGUCGCUGGCCUGUGAUUCUGCAUGGGCUUCGGAUUUCGAGGGCCUGGUUCCCAGAAGGCAUCAUCCCAUGGGGAAGCUGAGAUCUGGGAUCCGGACUGCACAGGGACAAGCAUUACCAGGAUGCACCCAGCUCUGCUGAUGUUUACCACGUACCAGGAGACUGUCAAACAUGUGCUAGCUGUGGUGAAGCCUUUGACCUGUCUACCCCUCUGACUGGUGCCUCUAGUUUGAUUGGUUAUUGCGUUGCUAUGGAAACCAGCCCUGUAACUUACUGCAUUGUUCAUAACCAAUCCUGGAGUCUGUCCCUUGAAAAUGACAUCAGAUUUGCAUUGUGUGUUAGGCCUCCCCUGUCAUGUUUUCAUUCUGUCCAGAUGCUGGAUCCCUUCCCAGCAUCCUCCUGUCGUCUGUAGGUCCAUUCCUGAGACCCGACCACCACCGUCGGAUCUUAUGUCCAGCCCAAUGUCUGUUGCUUAUGUCUUUUUUUUUUUCUGUUGAUUAAGAAAAAGUAGUAGGUGUGUCCACCCCGAUGGUGAAUUUAGGAGCCGUGCAACGAAUCGUCUAACCCAGAACGCAGUAUUCAGAGCUUCUCAGACCUCUCAGUGACAGAGUUCUGUCCCCUGUAGUGCCAUAGAAGGGUCUCUUUUUGUACCUGUCGGCCAAUCUAUGUAGAAUGUCUUCACAUCCAAAGAAAUUGUUGAAAUCACUUAACGCUGUAAUAAAAGACACGAUGCACACGUGG